AUGUAUGGGGAAGAGAACAUAGCGCUUUUGGUUCAAGUCGUGGUUCUUCAGUUGGUGGUGUGGUGCCCCGUCUUCUUGUGUUUGUAUGAGCUUCAUGCUGUGAAGGUGACGAUGAAUGGUAACGUGGGUACAACAAAUGAUACACAUGAGGGAAAAGAAGACGACGAGAUGAUGGAUGUUCAGGUUAUGAAGAACCCCAAUACCUAUGGAAGUGUUUUGGGCCUCAUAUGCGGACUGAUUUCCUUUAGGUGGAACAUUCGCAUGCCAAAGAUAAUAGACAAAUCUGUGUCGAUAUUGUCAGACACUGGACUUGGCAUGGCAACGUUCAGUCUAGGUAUUUUUAUGGGAUCUCAACGCAAGAUAAUAGCAUGUGGGAAAAGAAAGGCUAUCUUAAGCAUGGUUGUGAGAUUUAUAUUCUUAUCUAGUGUAAUGGCUAUGUGCUCUAUUGCAAUUGGCAUACGGAGCAUUGCACUGAAGACUGCUGCAAUACAGACAUGCAAAUUAUGAAACUUAUAAAGCAAAUUUGAUGCACAAAUGAAUCUAAAUUUUGCAUCCUAAUAUGGGUUUAACAUGAAAGUUU